GGCCAACCCCUUCCCGCUGACAACUCUAGGAUGGCCAAAAAAAGCCCAGAGGGUUCGUGGAGCACUGGGAGGAGAGGGGGUUUGGUGUGGAAGCAGCAGAAAUGGCCAGCAAAGUGUCAGAUCUGUUAUACUGGCGAGAUGUGGGGACCACCGGGCUGGUGUUUACAGGUUUGGUUGUGGGUUUGGCUUGUUUAUUCCAGCUCAGUGCCAUCACGAUCCUGUCCAACCUCGGUUUAGGCUUCAUGGCCUUCACUCUCCCUGUAUGCCUGCUCUACAAAGCCAUGACGCUUGCCCGCCUCAAUGAUGGAUCUCAUCCUUUUCAGUCAUAUUUGGACGAGGACCGUACACUGACAGAUGAGGACACAGUUCGCAUAGCGGAACAAAUCGUUCUGCUGAUUGCUACGGCUGUCACCGAGUUGAAGAGGCUGUUCUUCAUCGAUAGCAUCAUGGACUCAGUGAAGUUUGUUGGGUUCCUGUAUUUGUUGAGCUAUGUGGGGGUCCAAGCCAAUGGUCUCACGCUGUUGAUGAGCGGUGUGAUAUGUGCCUUCUCUCUGCCACUGUUUUACAGACUUCAGCAGGAAAGGAUCGACAAGAUUGCCAGAGCAAUCAAAAAACUUGUAGAAAAAGCAACCGAAAUAGUUGAUCUUGUGAUUUCACUGGCCAAACCUCCACCAGCCCUAGCCCCAGCCCCAUCCCCUUCCCCUGCCCCCACAGCAAAACAUAAACAGAAGACUAAAUGAAGAGGAGUGUGUGUGUGUGAGAGAGAGAUGGGGGUGAGGAGCAGAAAUGUGGAGUACAUUGAACAAACAAAGUCUUACGCUGCAGCUGUAGCCCUGCGAGUUCAGCAGGGUCGGCGGUUUGGGGGUUAUGAACGAGCGUUAUGUUUUACAGUACGUUUCUUACAGUGCUAGGAGAUUCUUCAUUAGGUCUUCUGAAAAGAAUUAAGUCGAGAAAAGUCCAGAAAUAUGUCUAAUGUAUUCAAUUAAGUCAAACUGUGAAACAGCUGUGUAAUAUUUAUAAUUAUUGGUUCAUUUUAUUCAUUUAGGUUUUUUUUUUUUUUUUAAGAUGAUUUUAAUGAUUUUCAUAGAAAAAAGUACAGUACAUUUUAGUACAUUUUUUGUCCACUAGAGGGUACAAUGAGACCAUACAAUCACAGCAGUUCUGGGCCAGGACAGCAUGUUGCAGAAAUUCUGUCAUGUAAAUUUGUUUACAUUUUAUUUUAUUUUUUGAAAAUUACAAUUCCCACUGGGAUUGUACAUAUAAUUUGGGUUUUAAUAUUUAAUACUUAUUUUUCAAAUUACAGAGCAAUUCAAAACGAAUUGAAGUCACUUUAAACAAGACUUCCCUGACUUUGUACGUCUUUUGUGCAACAUGACCCCCAGUAAACACGUUUUCAAUGUUA